UCACGCAAUUUAUCCCACGUUUCUCUUUCUAUUCCUUUCUCUCUCUUCUUUCUAUAAUCUCAUCAUUUCUUCCCCUCCCUUUGACUCUUAUCUUCACCCCUAUAAAAGCCAUACUCAUUCCCAUCUUCACUCCCACCAUCAAACUCAUACAUAACCAAUCAAAUAUAAAGAGUUUUUUUUAUUUGAUUAUAAGCAAAAAAUUAAAAUAAGAUUAUUAAUUAUGAGUUGUGUUACGGAUUGGCCAGAGCCUAUAGUUCGUGUCCAAGACCUAUCUAAUAGUGGAUUGGACAAGAUUCCUGACCGCUAUGUCAAACCUUUGACAGAGCGGCCAAUUGUGGAACCUAUGGUUGAGGAUGGAGUAGAUAUCCCUUUAAUAGACUUGUCAGGUCUCUUUUCUGAUAACCCUGAUAAAAUCAGGGUGACUCGAGAGAAAAUAGGUGAGGCCUGUCGUAUUUGGGGAUUUUUCCAAGCGGUUAAUCAUGGGGUUCCACCAGAACUUAUGGAUCGAGCACGUCAAGUGUGGCGUGACUUUUUUCAUCAACCUAUGGAGGUGAAAACAAAGUAUGCUAACUCGCCCAAGACGUAUGAAGGGUAUGGGAGUAGACUUGGUGUAGAGAAAGGUGCGGUUCUUGAUUGGAGUGAUUAUUAUUUCCUUCAUUAUUUACCUUCCAAUUUGAAGGAUCACAACAAAUGGCCAGCAGAGCCUUCAUAUCAUAGGGAGACGGUAGAGAAUUAUUCUAGUGAAGUGGUAAAAUUAGGAAGAAGAUUAAUGAAGAUAUUCUCGGCUAAUCUUGGAUUAGACGAGGAUUAUCUUCAAAAUGCUUUUGGAGGAGAGGAAAAUGGAGCUUGUUUAAGGGUUAAUUUUUACCCAAAAUGCCCACAACCUGAUUUGACUCUUGGGUUGUCCUCUCAUUCGGAUCCGGGAGGGUUAACCAUUUUGCUACCGGAUCAUGAUGUACCGGGUCUUCAAGUCCGUAGGGAUAACAAAUGGAUUACCGUCAAACCCGCUCAACAUGCUUUCAUUAUCAACGUUGGUGAUCAAAUUCAGGUACUAAGCAAUGCUAUCUAUAAAAGUGUGGAGCAUAGGGUGAUUGUAAACCCUAAUUUGGAAAGAGUAUCAUUGGCUUUCUUCUACAACCCAAGAGGUGAAUUACUAAUUGAACCGGCUAAGGAGCUUGUAACCCCUGAAAAUCCUGCCAUGUAUCCACCUAUGACUUUUAAUAAAUAUAGGCUUUACAUAAGGUUAAAGGGUCCUAGAGGAAAGUCUCAAGUGGAGUCUUUGAAAUCUCCUAAACAAUAGUCUUGUAAGUUUUAAUUCAUUUUUACAUAAGAGUAAUGUAAGCAUGAGUUCAUUGUGCAUGUAUACCCCUAAUUGUUUGCCCUUAUUUAAUCAAAUGUAAUUCUUGCAAUAUUAGUUGAUUAUUAGUCUUAAUUAAACUAUUAUUUC